AUGAAACGACAAAUGCGAAGAUCUUUCAAGAAGUUUGAAAGAAAACUUAGUCAAGCAAAAAAUUUUACUACUAAUUUGAUACGUAGUAAUAGUGCUUAUAGUUAUAAUCAUCAAAGUACAUAUGUGCCGGCAAUACUUCCAUCAGGUUUAUCUGAUGAUGACGAUGAUGCUGUAUUCGAACCAACAACACCAAUCGAUUCGAUUACAGAUGACGCUCCAAAUGCGUCAGAGAUACUUAUUCCUUGUGAAUUUUGUCGCUUGCAACAACCGAGUGAUCAUAUAACUCAACAUCAGUUUUUAUGUCCACAAAAUCCUAAUUAUACUCGAAGAAGGCCACCAAAUCGACGUAGUACAACUCCUGGACAUCGUCGUCGUGCAAUUUCUGAUUCUGUAUCACCAUUACCUAGUGCACCAGCUCGUUCACGUAGUCCAUCACCAACUGAAGAUUAUCCUAUACCAAGUGAUCUUAAAUGUCCAAUAACAGGGGGACUUUUUCAUGAUCCUGUUGUUGCUAGUGAUGGUCAUGCAUAUGAACGAGAAGCUAUUGUUCGUUGGCUUCAAAAGGAAAGAAAAAGUCCCAUUACACGUGAAAUGAUGUCAGUUGAUAAACUUAAUCCAAGUCGUACUCUUAAAAAAAUGGCUGAUGAUAAGCGUGCUGAAUGGCGACAAAAAAAAUUACUUUAUAAAUAUAAACUUGAUAUUGAUGUAAAAAAAACUGAGCAAAUACCUUUUAUAAAAACAACUACGAAAGCAAUUUAUCGAGCAGAAUGGAUUACAAGAACGUUAUCAUCAAAUGAUUCAAAUAUUAAUCUUUUACAUUUAACUGGUGAAAAUGCAGAAAAUAUUGCAGAAAUUUAUUGUCGGAUGGGAACACAUCCAAAUAUUGUUCGAGUAUUAGGUAAAGUUGAACAUAAAGAUACUGGUAUUCUUCUUGUACAAGAAUAUUUAUGUGAAGUAACACUAUCUCAAUUUAUGAAAGAUUCUCAUCAAACAUUAUCAAUUAAUACUUUUGAUAUUAUACUUUAUCAAAUUGCUUCAGCUCUUCAAUAUCUUAACGGGACUAAUAUUAUUCAUGGAAAUAUUACGGCUGACAAUAUAUUUAUUUAUCAUUUGGAUGACAUACCAGAAAAUACUUGGGUUAAAUUAACUAAUAUUGGUGAUAUAGAAAAAUCAACCAAUAAUACUGAUGCAGAAUCGAAAGUAUCAUCUAAUGAAAUUCAUUCUGAAAAAUCUGAUGUAUAUGCAUUUGGUAAACUUGCUCUUAAAAUGUAUUUAUUACAAUUAGAAACAAAUGAUAAAAAUUUAAAAGAACGAAAAAAAUUAUUUCAACGUUGUUUAGCAUUUGAUCAAAAUGAACGGCCAACAUUUAAUGAAUUGACAGAAACUAUAAGUAAAUUUGUUGAUGAAGACAAAUAUGUUUUAAAAUCUAAAUCAUAUUGA